CUGGUAACCGGCGCCGGGUGUCGAAUCACUUCCUAGAAUAAGCUUGUCAUGCUCUAGAAAUGUCAGUGUCAUCCUCAAAAUUGCAAAUGGCAGAUGCGAUGGCAGCAAGCAGUGGCGGAGUAGAUUGGUCGUCUGUUUUGAAACCUUUAUUAUCUGCAAAUUAUGAAACCUCUAAUAAAUCCGAAUUGAUAGAAUUAUGUUCAGCAAUUAUCAAAAGUGAAUCGGAGAUUUUGCGUCAAAAGGAGAGUACCAGAAAUUUCUUCAAUUCGUUUGCAGUAAUAGCUGCUGAUUACAUUGGCAGUAGUACAACAGGGCUUUUGACAAGCCAGCUGGAAACAGUCAAUGCUGCAUGCAGAGUCUUACUAAAGUAUUUGCUAAGUGCCCUAAAUGCGAGUAGCAGUGAGUCAAGUCCAAACAGUUCACAAAUCGAACGUUAUCUAAAUGCGAUACGUGUUUUGUGCAUUGGAACUGGUCUACUUUCCACUUCGGAAGUAACUGUCCUUGUUGACAGUAUGAAAGGCGAAAAUUUGCCCCAACAUGUGAAUUCCUCACCUACAGGAAAUGAAAAAGAAACAAGUAAUAAACAAGACAAUUCUAAAAAUCGUUCUGACUUAUCAGUCAGCAUCUUCGAACAGUUAACCUUACCGUUACGAGAUGGCCAUACUACUACGCAUGAUCAGUCUGCUAGUGGCUCCUAUAACAUAGCUGAAGCAUCUAACCUCAAUGAUCCUACUUCUGAAAUAAAUAAGUUAUUCUUGAAAGGAAAUACUGAAAGUCUACAAUCUUUGAGGGCUGGAGACACCUUAACUGAUCUAUGUCUUAGUUUGCCUUCUAUAAAAAAGGCUAAAUUGAAAGUUGAAGAUGCUCUUGCGGGAAAACCAUUUUCUCUUCCUAGCAACCAUGCCGAGGCAACAGCAUUACGAAAUAGUCUCUCUUCUAUGUUGUCGGAAAUCAACCUGGCAAUGUCGGCUAUAAAUCUACCAGUUUUGGAACCUCUGACAUCGAGCAAAUUAGACAAGUUAUGUAGUCUUGCAAUGGCAGUACUUCACUGUGCUCUUAGCCAGGCUGUUGCAAGUGCUGUGAUAUCAAUGAGUACAGUGGUAUCGCCAAAAUGUUCCAAUCAACAAUCUCAAGCUGGAAUAAAAGAAGAUGACCUGGAUUCAAAUGCUGUAUCUCUCGUAGAAGAAGUUUUGAACAUGUACAAUUUUAUAGGAAAUACGAUAAAAGUAUCCACAAGAGCUGGUGGCCAUGUAUAUCAAAACUAUUUACUAGCUGGUGCUUGGGUCCUGAUAUCAGGACUUCAAACUCAUUUAGCAGCCAGCACUUCUUCUGACAAAAACCCCCACCUUCGAGAAAGAGAAGAGAAAGGUAGAAGUCCUUGCAAAAGUAGAGAUUCCACUUCGACUAGGUCGGGACUUCAAAAAUUUCAGCAGUUCUUUGGAGUUUUAUCUGUGGCAUUGGCUACAAAAGCGCUGAAUUUGGUAUCAGAAUUGUUUGAAGAUCUACACCUUGAAGUUUGUGGAGGAGCUGCAAGCAUAGUACAGGUUGAACCUGCUCCUUUAGCAAUAAUGGGCCAGUUUUCUUCUUUACAAAGGGUUUCAAGAAUUCUGAGUGCAGCUCCUUUGAAUCAUCUUCUAUUCUACCUAGCUAUUGUCAGUUAUAGGAAAGCUUGCACUCUAAAGAGACUUCAUCCACCAGAAGGAGAUACAUUCAGCCAGUCUGAUUCUACGACAUAUUACGAAGAUAUGAUUAUGUGCUCUGAUGAGAGUUCUACAGAUGAAGAUGAUGACAGUGAACCUAUUUUGGGACAGUGGUUUGAGGAAACUCUCGCUCCUCCCGAAACUACCGAAUCAAAAACUCCAUCAAGCUCGGAAAAUGUAGAAACCAAGGCAGCCCAGAGCGAAAGGGCACGAUCAGUGGUUCCAGAGAAAGGAGAAGCACACGGUUAUAUAGCGUUAGCUACAAAUAUAUUUGUGUUCAUGAAUAAACAUUUCUUAUGUUCCAAGAGUAACUUUAUUGUAAGAUAUGUGAAGAAUGGACUCACAGAACAGCAAAUGAUUAUUUUGUCAGCCAUUAUUAGAGAUUUGGACAGGGAAACAGCCAGAACAGAAAUGGGAACUAUUUCAGCCUAUUUUGGUGCUCCCCUAGGUCACCUUUAUUCUGAAUUUUCUGGUGCUCUGACAAAAUUCACACACAAUCUAAUUACAAACAACAAUUUGGCUACCUUACAAGCAUGUCUGCUCAAUCAUCUUGGAGUGUCUCCGUGGAAUACUGAUGUACCUCACGGUUGGCCAUUGCAGGUGUAUCCUCGUACGCUGGCAGUCUUAGCCCAGGUUCUACUUCUCAGACCUCAAAAUGAGAAAGAAGCAUCAGUUAUUAGUAUUUGGCAUAGACUUGUUAAUACAUUGAUUGAAAAUGUUCUGAACAGUCCACAAACAUCUACAGUAGAAUCAGAGAAUGACGAUUUGAAUGUGGAACACGCUCAAGUUCUCUUGUACCUUUUCCACUCUUUGAAUUUGAUGCAGAAGAAAUCUGUAGUCCUUCUUAUGGCUGGAGGAGUCUUGAGAUGUUCCGAAGUAGCAAGAGGCCCUUUGAAAGAUUCACAACUUCUACAUUUGUCUAGAUUGCUGCUUCUUUUUGAUUAUAUCAUGAAACAUUUAUAUGAUGCACCCACAUCUCUUCUGGAACAGAUUCAGUGGAAUUUGUUUUAUUCCACUAAUUUGAACACAAAUAAGGACAAUGAAAAUGGGAUUACUAGAAUGUAUGCUGCCUGGCAAGACAUUGAGGAAAACUACCGAAAAAUUUCAGCUGCAGAUGAGUUUGCAAUGAAACCUCGCUUUUAUGUCCUAACAAACUUAGAGAUCAACAAUCAGGAUGCACCUAAACUUGAUGGCCUUGCUUGCAAUUUUAUUUUAGGGACACCUGAUAAACUUCGAUACCCCUUAUUGCUGGACGCUCUUAUUGAAAUUUUGAAUAUAACUCAUGUGACCUCAGGAGCAAACGCUGCAAAGAUGAGUUUUCUAGGACUGUGUGCGACUCAGUAUUGUUUCAUGAUAUGUUGGAGGUUAUUACAACUCCUUCCCCCUUCAGCCUCUUACAUGGAACGUCUAACGACUGGAGAAAGUUUAGCUAUAGGGCCCCUUUUAUUACACUCUUUGAUAUGGGGCCCCAGGGCUUCUCAGAAAAACUUUAGCAGAUGGUUGAAAGAUUGCUUAGUGAAACAAGGAAUGUACACACAACAUACAGAUAAGCUACUCAAAGCAGUAUCAGAAACGGUUAACAAUAUGAAAUAUGAUAUAAGCAAUGCUAAAAACUGUAUAAUUGCCUUGACACCUGAUGUCAAGAAAGGAUUAGUUACUAAAGAAAAUCUUCCUCCGCUCUGGCAUCUCUAUCUUUUAGAUGCUCUUUUAGCGAAAGUACAAAUUUCAAUGGAAGAACCUGAUAGUAAUUCAGAAUCUGCAUCUAUAUAUGUACUAGAAGGUACUUACGUUCAAGAUCUGCUGCCACAUGUAUUGAGGCUCACUCAGGCUAUUCUCCACUGUCUGCGGUGGUCUGUGCUUCACAUUAUCGUAGAUCAAAGUGAUGCCUCUGAGAAACUCUCUCUGCAAGAUUUUGAAGGACUCCAAGAUGUGUUGGCGAUCGCGUCAAAUAAAAAUACUUUGACUAAUACCUUAGCAUCAGAAAUAACUUCACUUAUGCCUAGUUGUAUCAGUUCUGCACAAUUACAAGCAUAUAAGCCUGUUCUAGAUGAAGCUUCCUUGGUUUCCUACCAGAAUGAUAUCAUUCCUUCAGAGACUUUCAUACUAAAAGUUGUAGAUGCUCAUAUCUCAACCCUUUCCAUGAGCAGCCCGUUCAGUAUAAAUUUGUCUCUCAAACGACUUCUGCAGUGCUUAACGAAGUUCAUCUGUGAUCAUGCUCCCAAAGCAGAAAAUACUGACACCAAAAAUAAAGCCAUAGAAAUGCUUGUUUCGAUAACUUUAGAUUUGAGAACUGAAUAUUUACAUGAUACUGUUACGAAAACCUUAGAUAAAAUGAUUGGCGAUACAGAGACUGAUGAACACCAGAAACGUGUCUAUUUGAGGGUCUUGGAUCAUACUUAUAGGUUGAUAAUCAACUCUACUUCAUCAAGUUGUGGAAACUAUGGUACUCACAUAAACGAGAAAGUGUUACACCAUUGCUUGAAGUUUUACGAGAAAAUAUUGGAAAAAUCAUCUGGUAGACAAGCACUGGAAUCAUUUUUUGUUGGAGAUAAGGACCUUGUGAAAGUUCUGAUGUCAGUUUCUAGUUCACAAAUGACUCAACAGUACAGUACGAGAGUUUUACAUUUCUUCAAUAAACUAUUCCAAGCUGCAGAGAAAAGCUCAACUGAUCCAAGUCUGAAUUAUCUCUGUUCCAGCAUGAGCAAAAUUGCUAAUGUAGAUAGUGAGAAUCUGCAAAUAUGGUUGAGACAAAUUAUUAUUGGAUCUAGUAAUAUCUCACUUCCGUUAACAACAGUAACGCUGAAUAAAGGCGAGACACCAUCAUCGAAUGGUUCCAAGUGGACAAUUACUACUGCAGAAAGCAAAGAGAAUAGCUCUUCUCCAACUUCCAAUGAGGAGCAAAAAUCUCUAGUUCAAGAAAAUAGUCAGUUGCUUCAAUCGUUGACUAGUUUUAUAGUGAAGCAGAACAGUAAUGUAUCCGAAGAUGUUUCAGUCACUAUUCUCAAGGCACUAAUACAGUUAGGGAAACAUUUGUUGUCCCCUGCACUUGAGGGAGCUGGUUUUACUGACUUGAUGGUCGACAUGACCAUGUUAGCUGAUGCAGGUUCUGGCAAAGGUCACAGUUUUCUAUUUCCUGCUACUGCUGAAUGGAUAGAAAUCUGCAGUAAACGAAUCUCUAUGAAGGAAGUCACGGAAAAUGUCAGCGCAGAUCCCGAUUGCAAAAAGCAGAACACUAUGCUGGAAGCAGCAUCUUGUAUUCUUGAAUAUGUUAGUGAUGUCAUUGCUGGAAUCACUUCCCAACAACCACACUCCAUAAGACCACUCAGUCCCCCAUGGGAAAGUGAAUCCCCUCUAGAUCUAGAUUACGAGUGGCAAGAUUUCACAAAUGAUGAUGAUGAGAGUGGGGAAGACAGCGAUGAGGAUUCUCUGUCCAAUAAACUUUGCACCUUCACUGUUACCCAAAAAGAAUUCAUGAACCAGCACUGGUAUCAUUGUCACACUUGCAAAAUGUUAGAUGGCGUUGGUGUGUGUUCCAUAUGUGCCAGAGUGUGUCAUAAGGGUCAUGAUUUGAGCUAUGCCAAGUAUGGUAACUUUUUUUGUGAUUGUGGUGCCAAAGAUGAUGGGUCGUGUCAAGCACUGGUGAAAAGGAGCCCACAGUCUGUCGAGACAAACCAAGCCGUGGGACUGGUUUCGACUCAACCUUCAGUUGGUUUCAGUUCGGAACAAAUGCUGACUAGUUCUCUGAGAAGAAGGGCAUCCUCACCUAUCCCUUCAGAUAAGGUUCUUUAUAAAGAGAAAAAAGCCGGAUGCAUCGUGAAACAACUAGAUAGUUCCAAAGAAUUCAUCAUUAAUUAUCUAGGAUCGAGCUCAGUAACUGGGUCUUUAUUAGAAUUUCUCCAAACCUUGAUUCCAGCUGUUGAAGAAACAUGUCGUCAAAACUCGCCUGUAGGAUGUCACGUUCGAGGGGUCAAAGCCCUAGAACAACUAUACUACAAUAACGAAAAGAAGUACAUUUAUACAGAUCAGCUCAUGGUUCCUACCCUAGGUUCUCAAGAAGGUGCUUUUGAAAAUGUACGCAUGAGUUACGCUGGUGAGCAAGGACAGACGAUAAGACAGCUAUUAUCGGCACAUAUUGUGAGACGAGUUGCCAUGUGUUGCAUGACCUCAACACAGGGUCGUAGACAACAUUUAGCCGUUUCCCAUGAAAAAGGAAAGAUCACCGUAUUACAGUUAUCUGCUCUUUUGAAGCAAGCAGAUUCUUCUACUAGAAAAUUGACUUUAACAAGACUUUCGACAGCUCCUAUUCCAUUCACAGUACUUUCUUUGUCAAGCAAUUUGUGUAAUGAAGAUUUUCUAGCCGUAUGUGGAUUGAAAGAUUGUCAUAUACUCACUUUCACCUCAGGAGGAUCGGUUUCUGACCACUUGGUCCUACAUCCUCAACUUGAAACAGGGAAUUUCAUUAUAAAAGCUCUAUGGCUGCCUGGUUCCCAAACUGAACUAGCUUUGGUUACCGCAGAUUUUGUUAAAGUAUAUGAUCUUGGGAUUGAUGCUCUAAGUCCUCGUUACUUCUUCUUGGUUCCAAGUGGAAAGAUUAGAGACUGUACUUUUAUGUAUGAAGAUGGAAUCUAUCACAUACUCCUGAUGUCUUCUCCUGGUCAUAUUUAUACUGAAGUCUUGAAUGAAGAUUCUUCAACCAAGUAUGGCACUUUUUAUGUGACGAAUACUUUGGAUGUCUAUCAUCUAGAUGUAACGGAUGUCAAUGGACAGUUAGCGGGGGGUGGAGUUUCGAUAUACUAUUCUCAUACUUUAGGACUCUUAUUCUACAGUUAUGCCCAAGGCAAAAGCUAUAUUUCACCAAUUCUGCCUAAAAACAAUACUCUGCCACUUGUUUUCCCAAUAAAUUUACCCACUUCUAAUAAUAAUACUUCGAAAAGUAAUGGAUCUAGAAAUUCAACCAACCAGCCUUUGUGCCAGUGGACUGAAAUUCCUAAUCAUCCUGGUUUGAUUUGCUGUGCAAUGCAGUCUAGUAAUAAUCCAGUCAUCAUUAUGUUGAAACCAGACUCUAUUAUGAUACAAGAAAUCAGGGUUGUCCCAUCGAAAUCUAAAAUUAUGGAUAUGGUAGCAAUAAGACACAGUUCUGGCAAUGAUCUGAGAACAACUCUGAUUUUGCUAUGUGAAGAUGGAAGUUUGAAAAUGUACAUGGCAAAUAUGGAACAGACAGGAUUUUGGAUGUCUAGAAGUGUGCAAGCCACAAUACCCAGUACACUACUCAAACCGAAGAAAAAGAAAGUUGUGAAAUCUGGAGGAAAAUCGUCGAAUCAAGUCACAUUUCCUGUUGAUUUCUUCGAAAACUGUGUCGCUAUGAAUGACAUCGAAUUAGGAGGUAAUGACCUCUUACAAAUUUACAAUCAAGCUCAGUUGAAACAUCGGUUGAAUACCACGGGAUUAUAUGUGGCCUGUAAUAAACCAAUAGGGUUCUCCAUUGAUAUCACAAAUAAUGACUCCAACAUGGUAUUGACUGGUAUAAGAGUAUUGGUUGGAAGUCAAGACAUUCAAAGAUGUCCGUCUUUUAUAGAGAUAUUUGGAAGAAUCGUACCUUUAACGACAACUCGUAGUAGAUGGUAUGAUAUCCCAUUUUCCAGAGAAGAAAGUUUACAAGCCGACAAAAAACUUACCAUAUUAUUUGGUCCAUCCCAAGAUCCUGAAACAGUUACCAUGGUUGAUAACUUGAAAGUAUUUGGCAAAACAAAGGAUUCUUUUGGUUGGCCAGAAGAAACAGAAGAUAAUAUACCAUCAACAGGUAGCGGAGUUAUUCAGCCAGUUGUCGCAACAGAAGGAUCCCAAAAUACUGGAACUACAAAUCAACUCACAAAAUUGGAAAAGCUAGUUGUUGGCAUCCUAGAAUCCCUCGAUGGUACUUUUUCACUGCACUCUACUGAUGAAAAGCUUUCAACUUUCAAAUCAACAACUCUCAAAGUUGCAACACAAUUGCUCACUUUACCAACUCAACCGUCGAUACAAGUUCAUUCCAAAUCACUAUUGUCUGCUUUGCAUAAUACGAAACAGAUGUAUCAUAACUACAAAGAUCAAGCAUUGUUACAACAUGUUCUGACAAGUCUCAAUACUAUGACGAGUUCAGAGGUUACAGACUUGGAUGCUGAGAGCUACUAUAGAUUAGUUCUGAUAGUGAGGGGUAUUGCAGUAGCAAGACCUCAAAAUUUGGUGAAAUUCUCUGAUAGUCAUACCUCUAUACAAGAUGUUGUGUUGGACGAUCCACUAGACAUGAAACCAGUGAAUGCAAAAGAAUUGAAAGGCAAAGUUUCUAAACCCAAAAAUCAACACCUUCUGCUCCAGCUCAUGGAUGUAUUGUGGAUAUUGCACUCUCUGAAUCCUGAGAUACCUACAUUGUCAUUAGUGGUAUCCCAAGGGCUCAGACAUACUGAACAAGUAGUCCAUGCACUGAUAGAAAUUGUCCAUGCUUUCAACAGUUGUGAUACAUAUAGCAACAUCACAAUUGGAGUUUAUCUACAGUUGCUUUUGUGUGAAGACCCAUUGAUUGCUUUCAGUGCCAAACAAGCCUUGAGCAAAGCGUUGAAGCCUAAAACCAAAAAGAGGAAGGUUUACAUUCCAAGUCCACCUCAUUGUGUCUCACCGCCACCUAAACACAGCGAUCCUGAUGAAUCUAAAAUUCCAUCUGCAGUUGCCCAGCCAAUUCAUGAAGAUAUUCAACCAAGGCAGCAAAACCAAUUUGAUGUUGAUGCAGUUGAGCCUAUAGGUCUCUUAGAACAACCUGUUCACAUACAAGAUAAUCACAACGUUAACCCACUAGAAGCUCUACUCGGAGGUGGGAUGGGCUUUCCUCCUUUGCUUGACAUUCCUCCCGAUGCAGAUGAUGAAGCCAUGGUGGAAUUGGCAAUUGCUCUCAGUUUACAAGAGCACGAUAUCGGCGGUGGCCCGAACCAAGCCCUUCAGAGCCUCCAGGUACAGCUCGGCAAUGAAGUGUUGGGCCAUCAUGCCGGCCAGUCAGCGCAGGCCCAAGAAGUUGCGAAUCUGAGCGACACGACCGCCUCGGCAGCUGGGUCAGACGAUGAAGGGUCGACGGCCGCGACCGACGGAUCCACCUUGAGGACAUCUCCUGCGGAACAAGGAGGUAGUGCGGGAUCGGAAAGUGGAGGUAGCGGAGUUGAGAGCAUUACUGGUGAACAUAAUGUCUCUGGAAGAUCUUCUGCUUAUGGUGAUAACAUGCAAGAAGCCAUCAACCUAGUUUCCAGAUCGGAUACUAGCUCUAUCGCCAACACCACAGCUGGUGUUCCAGAACAUGAAACUGUGCAACAGGAAGAAGUUGAAAUUGAAUCUGAAAACAGUAGCAGAUUGCAUAUCCUAAGAUUGCAAUUAUUAGAGAGGCUAAUUGAAUAUUUACCAAAACUGAGAAACAUCGAUGGAGCAAGAGCCAUACCAUUUUUACAGGUUGUUCUACAAUUGACCGCAGAUUUGGAUGGCAACUGUGAACGCGACAGAUCUUGUCUGAACUCUUUGUUGACUGUAACAGUAGCUGAAUUACAACUGAAUAAGGAUCAAUCUGAUGAUGUUUGUACUAGAACAAAACAAAGAGAAGUUCAGUUGGUUUUGUUGAGAUUGCUAAGUGUUUUCAUGCAAAGGUGUAAGACAACGCCAUCGAGUAAAGUACCUACCACAGAAAAUUCGACUUUUGUCUCUCGUACCACUGCUACAAUUUUGCAUAAAGCUGGUAUCAUCGAAUACUGUAACAAACUCCUUCAAUCAUUGCUUUCCUAUUGGCGAAAUUUGGCGGAAGAAAAUUCUAAUAGCGUUACCGGCAAUUUACUCAAGGAACAUUUAUCACACCCUCCACCAGAUAUGACGCCAUUUUUCCAAAGACAGUUCGUUAAAGAUAACCAGGAUGUUUUCUAUACUUAUCCACAACUACUGACAGAAAUAGCUUUACGAUUACCAUACCAAGUUCAUAGGCAUUCGGAAAUAUCAGAAUCUAUUGCUAUUGCUUUCGAUGUCUCGUGGUAUAACCUCCUUUGUGACUAUAUGAUGACACCACAGACACCAUUUGUCAGAAGACAGGUCAGGAAACUUUUGAUGUUUAUUUGUGGGAAUAAAGAAACUUACCGCCAGCUUAGAGACUUGCAUGGUUUGAAGAAUCAUAUGAAAGGUGUGAAGGAAUGUUGCAUAAAAGGUGGUUAUCAACCUACAAUGGAUGUACAACAUGCUUUAGGUUUACCAUAUGAUUCUCUAGUUGAGCUCAUUGAACAUCUAAAAUAUUGUGUUGAAGUAGCACAAAGUCGUACUGGAAAUUGGCAACGCUUUUGUAUCAAAGAAGAUGACACCAUUCAGCUUUUGUUACGUGUAAGCUUUCUGUUAGAUGAUGGUGUCGCUCCUACUAUCUUACAACUUCUGCAAAGUGCUCUGGUUGUCAGUUCUACGAGCCCUAAGAAGCCUGAUGCUUCUAAGCAAGUAUUACGAAAAGACCGUGAAAAAUCUGAGGAUUCAACCAUAGAGGCACUUUUUGAAGAAUCAAGUGGCAUAACCCUAGUAGAGCAAAUAAAUAGCCAAAUAUCUAGAGAAGUGUUCGCUAGAUUUGUGAAAACAUUCAUGCUAGAAACGAACAUUACCGCAGUGCGAUGGCAAGCACACGCAUUGGUGCAGUCUAUUUACAAGAACUCUGAUCCAAAGAACCAAGAGUCGGUACUAGAACUUCUAUGGCAGUUAUGGCCACUUUUACCUGCAUAUGGAAGAAAGGCAGCUCAGUUUGUUGACCUACUAGGCUACUUCUCAUUGAAAUUCACCGAAAAACCUGAAGGGAUGUCUCUUAUUCCUGAAUAUGUAGAACGUGCUGUAAGUAUUCUGAGAGCUCAAAAUGAAAUGUUGGCGCAUCACCCCAAUGCCAACUUGUACGCUCACAUGAGCCAAUUCGUCGAUUUGGAUGGCUACUACCUGGAAUCGGAACCAUGCCUUGUAUGCAACAAUCCAGAAGUCCCAUUUAGCACCAUCAAACUGAGCUCUAUCAAGGUAGACUCAAAAUUUACAACUACGACCCAAAUUGUGAAACUUUUGUCUAGUCAUACAAUCAGUAAAAUCACUAUCAGAAUUGCAGACCUGAAACGCACUAAAAUGGUGAGAACUGUUAACAUUUACUAUAAUAAUAGGACAGUUCAAGCUGUUGUCGAAUUGAAAAACAAGCCAGCCUUAUGGCACAAAGCUAAGAAGGUGACCUUACAAUCAGGCCAGACAGAGGUUAAGAUCGAGUUUCCAUUACCUAUAAUAGCUUGUAAUCUGAUGGUAGAAUAUGCUGACUUUUACGAAAAUAUACAAGCAUCGUCUGAAACAUUGCAAUGUCCUAGAUGCAGCGCUUCUGUUCCGGCUAAUCCAGGUGUAUGUGCAAAUUGUGGAGAAAAUGUAUUUCAAUGCCACAAAUGUCGAGCUAUCAAUUACGACGAGAAAGACCCCUUCUUAUGCCAUGCUUGUGGCUUCUGCAAGUAUGCUAAGUUUGAUUUCAGUUUGUAUGCAAAACCAUGUUGUGCUGUAGAACCAAUAGAAAAUGACGAAGAUAGAAAAAAGACUGUGUCUAGUAUAAACACAUUAUUGGAAAAAGCAGAUCGAGUUUAUAAACAAUUAAUCGCUAUCAAACCAACUUUAGAGUCACUGGUCUUGAAAAUCUCUGAACAUAGGUCUGAUAAGAGACCCGAGGAAGUUGUUACUACAUCAAAUAAUUCUUCUAAUGCAGCAGCAACGACAUCAACAGCUGGGGCUCAGCUCAAGGUUAAUAAAACAAUACAGUUAUUGGGACAGCAAUAUUGUAUUGAAUGCAAGACUUCGUUUGAAGAAUUGAGUAAAAUUAUUCAGAAAGUUCUCGUGUCUAGAAAAGAGCUUGUGGCAUAUGAUCGAAAGCAUAGGGAUAUGGAACUUCCAAAAUCAACACCUGUUCUUGGUGACACAUCAGUUAUUCCUCGAAUCAAUAAUCGUUGCUAUGGUUGUUCCACUUCAGCGACAGAACAUUGCCUAACUUUGUUGAGGGCUCUUGCCCACAACCCUACAACAAGACAAGCCUUGUGCCAAGAAGGUUUAAUUCAAGAACUAGUUUGGAAUAAUCUCCGAAAAGGAACGGUUCACAACCAGGAGGAAGUCAGACAACUACUCUGUGUUCUCACCAAAGACAACUUUUCUGCCACAGAAGAACUAUGUACCCUACUUAUGGAGAAAAUUACAUUGAGUUUGAAUGGACAUGUCAAUAGUUCUGACUUAGGAACAAGUGUUCGGCAUGAAAUUGCACUAUUGGCAGCAAUGGUUCAGAAAGAAGAUGAAUGUUGGGAAUUGAAACUGAGAUGCAUGAUGGGACUGUUCUUGAAAGCAUGUGAAGAUUCUAGAAGUCCCUUAGUAAUGGAGUCAGUCAUCCUACCCUGCUUGAAGAUUUUACAGGGUCUGAUGAGACCUUCAGACAGUACUAACAAGAAAAAUAAAGAUAAGGAGAAUGAUGUGACUAGUAAAACGACCCCACUUGCAGGCACAACAGUUGAUGUGCACAAGUUCUUGGACAAAGAUUCUCAUCACACUUUUGAUGGUUGGAAGGCUAGAUUACCAAGUACACAAGAUAUUAACCCUCCAAAAGAAACAUCGAAAGAAGAGGCAAGGAAGUACUACUUGAAUGAAAAAUAUGGAAGAAUGUGGAGGCGAACUGUGAAAAAAACGUUCGUUAGUGAUAAACUCACAUUACAUGAUUCUUCUUGGUUGAAAGCUGUCAUUUUCAAUUCAAGUUCACGGCUUGCCAGACAAGUAUCAUGCAAUAUCAUCGAGUUUAUGUGUAGCAGCUUUGAACGUAAACGAGAGAUUCUCAAUUUACUAACCCAUUUUCUAAUGGAACUCAGCAUUGCUGGAGAAAGCUCGGCCGAAUUUCUCGCUUUAUACCAAAAUCUGAUACAGGAAACACCUUGGAAACAAUACUUGACUGUCCAUGGCGUUCUUCUAGUAUUGGCACAUCUUGUCACUGUAGAAAUUGAAAAACUACACAAGUUGGAGGAAACAACUUUAACUUCGGAUCUUGCCCAAGGAUAUGCCUUGAACCAAUUAACAGAAUUACUCUCUUCCUUCCUGGAUGAUGCCACUAUAAGAAGGCAGUAUAAGGGUAGAUUAGUAGGAGCUGUACUGAAUGGGUAUUUGUCCCUUAGAAGACUGGUGGUACAAAGAACAAGGUUGAUAGAUGAAACUCAAGAAAAGUUAUUAGAAUUACUCGAAGAGAUGACUUCUGGUACUGAGGAGGAAACAAAAGCCUUCAUGUCAAUCUGUAUCAAAACUGUAGGAAAGUACAGCCUCCAAGAUAUUUUAACGCCAGUUUUCAUUUUCGAGAGGUUAUGUUCCAUAAUUUAUCCAGAGGAAAAUGAUGUAGGAGAGUUCUUCCUGACUUUAGAGAAGGAUCCCCAACAGGAAGAUUUCCUCCAAGGGCGAAUGUUGGGUAAUCCUUAUUCUAGUAUGGAGGCUGGUUUAGGCCCUCUAAUGAGGGACGUCAAAAAUAAGAUUUGUCAAGAUUGUGAACUGGUGGCUCUCCUUGAAGAUGAUAACGGAAUGGAACUGUUGGUCAAUAAUAAAAUUAUGAGUCUGGAUUUGCCUGUCAAAGACGUCUACAAAAAGGUUUGGUUGGCUGAAGGUGGUGAUCAUGAACCUAUGCGAAUAAUUUAUAGAAUGAGAGGACUCCUUGGUGAUGCUACUGAGGAAUUCAUAGAAAGUCUUAACAAUAAAACUCAAAGUGCCGUUGACAAUGAAGAAGUUUAUAAAAUGGCUAAUGUUCUUGCACAUUGUGGUGGACUUCAGGUGAUGGUUGUCAGAUUGGGAGCAAUACAAAAUGUUAACAGAGCAAGACCACUGUUACAAGUAUUGCUGAAAUUGUUUAGGCUCUGCGUCAAAGUUAAUCGUUGCCAGGAAGUACUGAUUCAACCGGAGAUCGGUGCCAUGGAGGUGUUUUUGCGCACCCUCAAACUUUGUUUAGAUAGCGACCCUGAUUCCAGUCAGGCAGCUGUUACAGAACAACUCCUGGAUAUAAUGGAAACAGUGCUAUCGAAGGCAACUAGCCAGUCAUUUGAUAAGUUUAAAGAAUUUUCUCACACUUUUGGGAGCCCUGAAUAUGUGAAAUCCCUGCUUACAUGUACAAAUCAAUCAGUUGUAAAGAAUAAUGUUGCCGUUCAAGAACAUCUGACUAGAGUGCUGGCCGCAUUGGUCUAUGGGAAUGAAGAAAAAAUGAAGAUUCUUGUUGACCAUUUCAGCUCAGUAUUGUAUUUCAACAAGUAUGAUUUCGAACAUAAUUCAGAAGAUCAGCAGAAAUUGGAAAUGUUCUGUGUACUAACCAAUGGCAUUGAAAAGAAUGCUAUCGGAAACACAUUCAAAGACUAUAUCAUAUCUCUAGAUAUAGUGAAAAACGCUCUUGAAUAUAUCACUAUGCACGCGCCAUGUGUGAAGCCCACAUUACUUCGUGUUGAUAGUGAUGAAUUGAAAGAUUUCAUCUCUAAACCUGCAUUGAAGUAUGUGUUGAGGUUUUUGACGGGAUUGGCACAUAGUCAUGAAAAAACACAGUCGACGAUUGCCGCAGCUGAGACAAUUCCUAUAAUACACAGAUUAGAACAAGUCUCAUCAGAUGAACAUGUCGGCUCUCUAGCUGAAAAUCUCUUAGAAGCCUUGUGCACCAAUCCCGAAGUUGCGAAACAAAUAGAUGCCGUUCGAGACUUCACUAGAUCUGAAAAGAAACGUUUGGCCAUGGCGAUGAGAGAAAAACAACUCGGUCAGCUGGGGAUGCGAACAAAUGACAAAGGACAGGUGACGGCCAAAUCUACCAUAUUGCAGCAAAUCGAAGAACUGGGCGAGGAGUCCGGCCUAGUUUGCUGUAUUUGUCGGGAAGGCUACAAAUACCAGCCGACUAAAGUGUUGGGCCUGUAUACGUUCACCAAACGGUGUAACAUCGAGGAGUUCGAAGCCAAACCGAGGAAGACCGUAGGUUACACGACCGUAACUCAUUUCAACAUCGUUCACAUCGACUGCCACAUGAGCGCUGUGAGGUUGGCUAGAGCUCGCGACGAAUGGGAGUCCGCAGCACUUCAAAAUGCUAAUACGAAGUGCAACGGCCUGUUGCCACUGUGGGGACCUCAGGUACCCGAAUCCGCAUUUGCUAGCUGUCUGGCCAGGCACAACACUUAUUUGCAAGAAAGCACCAAUCAUAGGGAUAUCGGACAUAGUUCGACGAUUCAUGAUCUGAAGAUAUUGCUGUUGAAAUUUGCGCAAGAGAAAUCGUUUCAUGAGGAUACAGGAGGAGGAGGGCCACAGAGUAAUAUGCAUAUGGUGCCUUACCUGAUACACGUCGCUCUAUAUGUUAUAAAUACGACAAGGGUUAGUAAAAGAGAGGAAGGUAGCCUGACGUCUUAUUUAGAAUCUACUAAUAUGGAAAAAUGGGUAGAGUCGGCCUAUGAAUCCGAAGGUCCUCUAUAUUGGGCCACGAUGGCCAUUCUGCUUCAUUCAUUCUCGCAAUGGAUCGAAAAUAGAAAUUAUCACCUUAGAAGGCUCAUCAUUCUAGCACAUGCACGCCAUUGUCAGCCUACAGGACCUGUCAAAAAUUUAUCUGAUAAAACAGAGAAACCGUAUGCUGUAUAUAAACCAUACUUGGUCUUUUUUGGACUCGUAGAUGGAAUCUUCAAGUAUUUCUUCAAGAAUAUAUCUGGCACUGAUGAACAAUGGCCCAAUAAUUUGGCAGAUUACAUUCGUCAUAACGAUGAAGCUUUGUUAAAAUCGUCAGAGAAGUUGUUGACGUGUUACACUGAUGAUCUACUGCCAUGUACAUCUUUCGUCGAGUUUUGUGAUGUAACAGGUGUGCUGGAUAUAUUCCGUAAUCCCGAGACUUACAUAAGUGACCUGUUGAAUGGUAUAUUUUAAUCCGAGUUUUUAUCUAUAAAAAAGGCUGUUUUCACUUAUUUUAUUGUUCGCUUGCUGCUAGGUGCAAACCUGUAGGUAAUAAAUAUUGCUUGUUGGAUUUUUAGAAUACUAAAUUAUUGUACCUAUUAUUAUUUGAAAUAAACCAUUUAAAAUA